AUGGGUUUGAUAACCAAAACCUGGAAGCGAUGCAAAUCAAUAGGCCGGGGUCGUCCUACUAAUAUUCAUGGAAUGGUGCCUGCUCUGACCACCAAGAGCAAGUCAUGCCCGAACAUCAACCUCGGGAUACCCGAGGAAAAGCGUGCGACCAAGCGCCAAGUGGCUCCUGAAGGCUGCUUUACAGUCUAUGUCGGAUCCCAAAAGCAAAGGUUUGUGGUCAAAACGGAACACGCAAACCAUCCUCUCUUCAAGAUGCUACUCGAAGAAGCCGAGUCUGAAUUUGGGUAUGACAGUCGAGGUCCCCUUGUGCUUCCUUGUGAUGUUGAGAUAUUCUACAAGGUUUUGAUGGAAAUGGAUGAUUGUGGUGACCAAAAGGUUCCUCAAGGGUGUGGCUUGGCUAAGCGUUAUGGCUCUUACCAUCUUCUUACCCCGUCUAGGAUGGUUGCCAUCAACCAGUUCUAG